GGGGGAGCAGGCGAAGUACGCGCUUACGAGACUGCGCGCUGCGAGGAGGGGGGAGAGGUCCAGCUGCAAAAAAAAAAAGAAAAUAAAAGAAAAAAGGGAAAAAAGAAAAAGAAAAAACACACCGCUUCAAUGGCAACGUCAAGCCGCUCGUAAAAGGUAGACACCAGGCGACGGGGCGCGCCGCCGCCGCCGCGAACCGGGAGUUUGAGAGGCGACGGCCCCUGUUUGUCCUGAGGAGCGGCGACAUUAGGACUCACUGGCUGCGCUGUAGCGCCUUUCCUGGAAUACGAAUUCUUCCCUAAUUGAAAAUGGAGCGACGGGGGAGAGGAGGAGAGACGCGCUGUCUCCAUCACUGAGAGGCGCGUCCACCUGCUAUUACUGGAGGAGGAGGAGGAGAAGGCCCGGGCUGCUCCCUCUGCUGCUGCCGCUGCUGCUGCCGCCGCCGCCGCUGCUGCUGCUGGUAGUAGCGGGGAGGGAGGGUGGUGGGGGGGGGAACAUGCAGGGCAAGUGCUCGCAUUUUGGGGCAAAGACGCAUCUGUGAGCCUGUCCACAGCAGCGGAGAAGGAUCCCAUUGCGACGUGGGGGGAGAAACGCAGCUUGGGCGCAUACGCUGUGGAGGUGGGACAGUCAAAAUGAUGCGUAGGAGGUGCAGUGUUGAGUCGUAUUGAUGGAUGUGUUAACAGACAGCAGUCUCACAUUGAUUGUGAAGACUUCCGAACCAGAGAAUGCAAAUAUACUGGAGACCACAGGAGUAUGUGAGCCGAGUGGUGAUCUGAGUCUUUGUGGGCUCAUUGAUGCUGCUCUCCCUCCAUCCUCACCUCAUCCUGAUGCAGAGACUCCACAGCAGCCUUGCCUAACACAACAGAUGACCACAGCUGCAUCACCAACCCUACCCCUGCCCAUUGGCACUGACCCAUCUUUGGGCCUGACAGCAGCCUCUUGCCCUUCUUCUGAUGACUCUUCCACUGUAGUCCCCCAACUUCACCACACUCCCACACCCACACCACUCCCCACCACAGCUAUAAACUCGUGGAGCUCAGGUGGAAACACCCAGAAGACUUCACCUACUCUACCCAUUGUCCUCCCGCUGUCAGCUACAAUGAUGGAGCCUGGCACCAUGUCUGCCCUGACAGAGGAGUGCCUUCUUCAGCCUUCCCGGACAUGCCUGGGCUGCUUCAUUGAAACCAAUGAUGCCACUGACCCCAGUUCCAUACAGAACCCACCACAUGACCCUAACGCCAGCCCCGACACAGAUACUGGGCUAAGUGUGAGGAUAGGGGAUGUGACCCGAGAGGACUUUUCUGACAUCAACAACAUUAGCAUCCAGUGCCUGAGCCAUGCAGGGGAAACAGUGAGUCACUAUGGAGAGCAGCUCCUCUCUGACCAGUUACUUAGCUUUCCUAUGCCGAAAGCCCCAGAUGAGGGCAAAAGAGUGGAUGGAAACAAAACAACAGAAGAUUGUGAUGACCCAGAGGAUGAUGCAACAGCUAAGAACUUGUAUGAGGGACUGCUCCUUGACAAAGUGAGUGGAGAAGAGGUUCUGUUGGCGAAUGCUGGCCAGGACUGGGGCUACUUUGAGUCCUUUAUCAGUGAGAGUAAGAUGGAACUGCUUGACCUUUGCUCUAAGAAUGAACUAUCAGUCAACCUCUUCUCUGAGGAAGAUGUUGACAAUCUUUUUGAUGAUGAAGAUGAUGAUUCAACACUAAGCAGUGAUGUAUGUUCACUUAAGAUUCGAUAUGAGUCUUUCCAGGACAACAUGAGGGAAAAAACUAAUGUGCUCCAGGAGGAGACACAAUUUAACUUUUUCCCCAGUGUCCUGGCCAAUUGUGCCAAGAAAGAAGAUGGAGUGGGAGUCUUGAGGAGGAGUACUGAGGAGCUGCAGCCCAAAACAGAUGAGCUCAUCCUGGAGACAGGGCAGGAGGGAAAGGCUGGGGACUGCAGCGGUGCAAGCCCCACUGAUGGCUCCCAAGGUUCACCCAUGUCUACUCCCAAAGUCAGUUACUUAAUAGACUUCACUUCCACAGAGGAGUCAGGAGAAUUCAGCGAUGACAGCUCCUGUACUGGAUCGUCCUCAGAUACCCUGCAGGAGGGCAAAUUUAGAAAGGGCCAUUCAAAGAGAUUUCUCAGCCCCUCCAACCCUCUCAACUAUGGCUUACGCUCCAAGAGAAAGGUUCGAUAUAGUGAUGAUUACUUAUAUGAUGUUGACUCACUUGAAAGUGAGAAGAAUGCAGAGAAAAAAGAGAAAGCUCCCGCUGGUCAAAAAGAGGAGGAGGAUGUAGACUGGUGCCCCAAAAAGCGCCGGAAAUCAUGUCGUAAAGAGCCACCUGUGGUCAUCAAGUACAUUAUAAUCAACAGGUUUAAAGGAGAGAGACUCAUGUCAGUGAAGCUGGGCAAGUUAAACCCUGUGGAUGAUAGUGUGAGUUUAAAUGCAGACUCAGUAAGCAAAUAUGAGACACUGGCUCCUCUGAAGGAUUUCUGGCAAGAGAGGCAAAGAGAGAGACAGGAACAGCUUAAGCUGGUUGCCAGAGAUAAACAACGCAGUUUUCAUCUAAAUGGACGCCACCAUCGCCCUUUUAAUUCAAGUCAUCCCAAAAGGAAAUACAAGAUUGCAAACAGGCUUAAGGUUCAGAGGAUUCACGCUGUGGAACAAUCAGUAACAGUACAGGGCUCCCCUCUCUCUGAUCUGGGCCAGGGAGGUGUCACUAAAGAGGAGGCCACCCACAUGGCAGGGGGAAUAAUAGAUCCAGGACUCCCAGUCACAUUAGACACAAACUCCAUCACACACUUGGUCACAGCCAAGAGCCGCUCCCAGGAGAGGGAAGAGAGGGAGGGGAGAAGAUUGGGAGGAAAUAAAACAGUCAGAAUAAGGAAAUUCAAAAGCGAAGCUAGGCUGAGGAGCCAGAAAAUGAAACAGGCAGAAAGAGAGGAGGGAAAGAGUGUGACAAAUGAAACUGAUGCCUGUGUUGCUGCAGCACAGAUUGAGGACCCCACUGCUGGGUUAGAACAGGCAGGCAGUAGCUCAACUGCAGUCAAACCCCAUUUCCCUGACAAUACCACCACUGCGCACACAUCUGAGGAGAAAUUCCCCUUUGUUUCUUCCACCUGCUCGUCUGAAAAAGCUUCCUCCUCAGAGGAGGUGGAGGCAGGUGUCCCUGUCAUCCCGGGGGGCUACCUGCAGACCCUGUUAGAUGCUACAGACUCUUCUGGUGGAGCAGCUAUCCCAUAUUUCCCCCAGCAGCCCUCUAGGCAGCAGUAUCCUGUGGGGUUAUCUCUAGAGGAGAAACAGUUUUCUUCUCUGCAGCUCGCUCAGAGCUGUGUCCUCUCGCCUCCCUCUGAGUCCGAGCUCCAGCAGUCUCCCCAGAACUGCCCCAGUUUCCCCCAGAUGUGGCACCCACAGCUCUGUGCAAGUCACAGCCAGAGCUUUGGGCCAGAGACCCCUGAGACUCCAAUCUUACCCAACAACUUCUCAGGUGCUGUGCCCCUGAAUGACAACCUGUCAGUGUCUAACUACAGCCAGUUGAGCCCUGAGGCUGACAGGCUGCUUUAUGAGAAGAGCUACCUGAAUGAGGCUGGGCUGCAGCCUGGGGCAGAUCUGCAAGUGUGUCAGUCUGCCGGUGUGGAUGGCCAGGUGCAAUACCAGAGAGGGUCCUUGUGCACAGAUAACGGCAGGCUCAUCAGCUAUGACUCAGUGGGCUCUCUGUCAGCCUCCUCCAGCAAUUACAGCUCCCUCAGCCUCAAGUCCUGUGAACGAGAGGGAGAGGAGGAAGGCCGAGACAGUUUCUUAGCUCACUGCAGUCCAAAAGUGGUGAUUCAGCAGAGUGUGGAUGCCCUUACUCCACUCAGGGAGUCCUCAGACCUGCUGGAUAUCUCUAACUUCACCCCUGACAAGUUUAGACACUCAUCACUGUCUGAGCUCUCCCCUCCCGAGACCCCCAACCUGUCCCCGCAGGUGGUGGGGCGUGAAAUAAAGAUGGCGGGAAAUGUGGGAGAAUACCAGGAUGUGAAUGAUAUAACUAUUGACUGCAAUAGGGAGGUAAAGUGGAACUGUGACGUUUUGCAGCAACAAGAGCACACAGCAAAUGCAUACACAGUGGAAGACAGCCAAUUUCCACUGCACAACUUCAACAAUCAGGAUGUGUUAUGUUUAGAUAAAAAGGAGUUGGGAGUUACAGAAUUUGAUGAACAGACUGGUGAGAUGUUGGCUGGUGCGAAAAGCAUCAAAUCAAAGCGGAAAGGCAAUUGCAAACAAACUGCUGCAGCACAGAGCUCAAAGAAAACCCGGGCUCCACGAGCUCCCAAGUCAGAAAAGGUCAAGAUGCCAAAACAGAACUCACGUUCCACUAAAAAGAUAAAGGCCAUGUUAGAGGGUAAGGCAGCAAAGAACCAGGCAGCUGGUUGUGGUCCAGGGCUGACUGACAGUAGCAGUACUGGGGACUGGUCUGGCACUGGCUGGUCAGAGAGCAACAAUCUGGUAGGGGAUGACCAGAGAGAAUUCGAGGAGCCCUCCAAUAUUCUGUCCAACAUUGUCUCUGGCAUGGCUGAGGUCCAAAGGUUCAUGAUGGCCUCCAUUGAGCCACUGUGGAAUCCCAUGUCAGAGGCCUGUACGCCCUCUGAGGCCAACAGCCUCAACCUAAAGACCCUCAAAAUCUUGGCAGGUACAGAGGCUGACCUGAAGAAAAAAGGAGCCACGCUAACAGGGGCGGGGAGAGGCAGGAAGGCUGGAGGAAAGGGAGGCAAAAACCAGGCCAAAUUCAACCCCUCUCAUCCCUUAUUCCCUCAACUAGCACUGGGCUGUAACAUGUUUGAUAAACCCAACUUUAUUAACCCCGGGCCUGCACACAAAAAGCUGUACCGCCACAAGACCAGUGCAAAGUUCCCUCGGAUUGAGACACUGAAGGGGAAGCGAGGUGAGAGAGACCAAAAUAAGGACAUAGCACUGAUGACCUCUUUUGAGAAACUGAGGUAAUAUUUUGUUAUCAGCUGCUGUUGCACCCCUUUCUCACUUUCCCCCACUACCUGCUCAGUCCUCCCUCCCAAGCAUACCUACACUGACGCUAUGCCAGAGCUGCAUGAGUACUACGUUCCCCCCUGACUGCUCCCAAUUCCUUUUAACCCCCUGACGAGGAAAUUAAUAUCUGCAUGAAAAAAAAUUCUUGUACUUUGCAAACUACCUAUUGAGUGAUUGUGUCAAGCUUGAUUGAGAUUUGAAACGACCAUGGCUGCAUUUUUCUUGCUUUCGUUGUUUCUGCUUUGUUUGUUCUUCUUAUAGUCGUUUCUGUUUUAUUUUUGUCUGAAAAAAAGAAGAAUAAGCCUUGAAAACAAUUCUGUCGCUUUUUUGAGCAAUUUUGUUUUUGUAUUUUCUCAGCAGAACGAGCGUCCCUGAAUUAUGUAUUUAUUCCCUAUUUUCCCUAAAGAUGUAGCUAUUUACACAAAUGCAUUGAGUGACAUCUGCGAACCCCUCCUCAUCUGUUUUUGUAUGCAGAAUAUGGAUGUCCUGUUGUUGCUGUCCUUCAUACACUGCCUGGCUCAUUUCAAGAGGGAAACCUUCAGUUAAGG